AGCAAGGAACACGUGCAUUGAAGAAAAUUACAAAAAUAUUUAAUUAAAAUGAAAAUUAAAAAGGAUAAAAAACAAGAAAAACCUUCCCAUGACGUGGAAUCAGCGAAACAAACGAAAGAACCCAAAAAAUCUAACAAGAAACUUAAGUUAAACAGUGUAGAAAAUGCAAAUGGUGAUGACGAGACAACGACACAAUCAACUCCCGUGGCUGAUAAAUCUUUCAAAUCUGUAGACACUAAUAUUUUCAAGCAUUUUAACGAACUUACUAACGAUGAAGAAAAGACUCGCUUGGAAGCAGCUUUACAUCUCUUGCAACAGAUUAAUCGCACUAAAGAGCCUGAGAAGAGACAAAAAGAGUUGGCGUAUACCUUAAAACGUUUGAUACGUGGUUGUGGUGCUUCAACCAAUGUCUCACGAGCUGGUUUCUUUACUGGUUUGGUGGGCUUUUUGAAGUCCUUUAAUCAAGAUGAACUAUCAAUUGAGCAUGUUUUUGAAUCGCUUAACAAGGAAUUACAUGUGGGGGCCACCAUUGCUAAUAAGGAAGAUGCUGAUGCUAUUGUGGGUAAAAUCUUAGUUUGUGGUGCAUUAUUGCAUUCAGGGCGUUUAGCUGAAGCCAAUAGUGAACAUUUGGAACAAAUCACAAACAUUCUAUUGCAAUCCACCCGUCAUCGCACAUAUCAUGCCUCUUUAGGUUUUUCUUUUAUAUGUGAAAUUAUUGAAAAAUUGUCACAGAAACAAUUUGAAUCUUCCGUAUGGCCUCUUCUUCAAAAGGAAUUAAUCAAACCCUGGCCUAAACAAUCCCUACAAACUGUUCAUUGCUUGAUAUCGGUACAAAAAAAGUUUCCAAACGCUGUUAAUGCUAAAUUUUUGAAACUAAAUUUUAACGGUAACGAACUACUGAACCCAGAAAGUUUCAAAUAUCUACACAAAAUCUUUUGGGAGCACAGUAAUACCGAUAUUCUUACCCAUCCAGCAUUUGAAUCGUUCGGUUCCUACAUCGCCUCGAGUAAACAUCUGGCACAAUUUUGGUGCGACGCUGUUGAACCUGGUCUGGAAAAUCCUACAAAAUUGUUGGAAGUGGAAACUUUAAAGAUAUUCACCGAUAUUUUAGACAAUUUAAAUGUCGAACAAACAAAUGUGCAUGAAUUAUUAACCGAUAAUUUUAUGCGUAUGUUUAUUGAAGGUUUGAAAAAUCUUAAACAAAAGAAAGACGAAACUUUGAAAGCUUUCUAUGCGGAUUUCUUAGAGGCUCUGGUGAAAUGCUGUGGAAAACUUACAAAAGAAGCUGCCAAAGUGGCUGUAAUUAAACGAUUAAUUUUACCUCCCGGUAUCUUUAAUAUUGAAAAGUUCACUGGCCAACGCAUAGUUCAUCAAUUAAUCAACAAUUUGGGCGAGGAAGGUGUAAAAGAUGUUUUCCAAUUGUACAAGAGUAUAUUUUUAGGUACUCUAGCUAAAAAUCCUGAAAACGCGUCUGAAAAUUGGUUGAAUUUUGAGCGAUUAAAUGCCGGUUACAUGCUGCAAAAUUUACUACAACACAAGUCGGUGCAAGCAGCAUACAAAUGGCGCGAAGAACAAUUAAAAUUCCUUUUCACCUGUGGCAUAUUUUAUGUGACUGACUCGGCCGAGAUCUGUAAGAAAGAAGCUGCUGGUUCCUUUAGUACUGAUUUUGCCGAUCAAUGCAAGAACAUGUUCUACACUUGCUUGCAAAGCAAAUUGAGCGAUAUCCAACAAGAACAACAAUUAUUAUUUAAUUUAGCCGAAUACUGCCAAGAGAAAAUGUUGCAAAAACAUGCAGCUAAAUAUUUUAGAAUACAAAAGUUCGAUGAAACUUUACAAAAAUCUUGGAAUAGUAUGUUUGAGAGUGUGGCACAAUUGAACAAGACAGCUGUACAGGAUAAAGCGAACAAAAAGAGAAAAUCUGUUGAUGCGACCGGCAAAAGUGACAAUAAAUUGCAAACAGUUUUUAAUAUAUUGUUGUUGAACAUGGGACUGCAGUUGUUCCGUGAAGCAGAAAUGGCUGGUCCUGCUGUAGAAGAUCUAUUAAAGUGCAUGGAAAAGACUAAUCAGCAAACAAAAAGUAAGAAGAAAGCUAAGAAAUCUUCCGACCAGGAGGAAGAGCCCGAAUGGAUAGAAGUAGUGGUGGAUCUGUUUCUACAUUUGCUUUCGCAGAAUAAUAGUGCUCUGCGCAAUAUUGUUAAUGCUUUGUUCCCCCAUCUGUGUGAUAAUUUAUCUCUGUCGGCGGUGCAUCAAAUAUUGGCUAUGGUAGAUAUGAAGGAUGGCAACAACCCUUUGAGUACCAAAAAUGAAGAUGAAGAAGAUGAGGAUGAUGCCGAAGAAGGAGAAGAAGAAGAGGGUGAAGAAAUGGAAACUCAAGAAAAUGGUGUAGAUGCAGAAAGCGACGAAGAAGAUGAUGAUGAAGACGACGACGAUGAAGAGGAUGAGGACGAUGAAGAUGAAGAAGGUGUUACUGAAAGCGACAAGCUGCGCAAUGCCAUUUCUCAGGCAUUAAUAGCAAGCGGUUCUACUGGUGGUGUGGAUGAUGAUAUGGAAUCAGUCGAUUUAAAUGAUAUGACCGAGGAAGAAGGUCUCAAACUCGACGAAGCUUUAGCCAAUGCAUUCAAGGCUUUGAAAAAGUCCGGUGGUGGCAGCUCACAAACUAAAAAAUCGAAAAGUUAUCGCGUCAAAACCACAACUGUUAUGCAUUUCCGCAUUAGAGUUUUAGAUUUAAUAGAAAUCUACUUGCAACAAAAACCUUCCUUGUUGAUUUGCAUUGAAAUCAUGUUGGCUCUCUUUAACAUGUUGGAAUACUGUGUCGGUGAUGAAUUGAAGCCCUUGCAAUCUAAAGUCGAAAAAGUGUUAAUUAAACUAACUUCAAACAAAAAUUAUACCACCGAGGAUGAACUAAAAGAGGAAAACUUUGUUGACUUCAUACGUUUAAUUGUUGAAAAGAAAGCUCCCACAGUAGUCUACGACAUCGUCAAUAAAAUGCGCAACAAAUGCACAUGUUUCCUAAUAUCAAAUGCCUGCAAAAUAAAUUCAGACGAAAAUACCGACAAAAUAUCAAAACUCUGCCAGGAAUAUACUCAAGAAUUUAUAAAGUCACGCAAUCCCACAAUAAAUAUUACUUUACUAUCGGACAUAUUCAAAUUACGUUGGCGUAAUGUUUGGACAAUUGCCGAAGAUCUAACCCAACAAGGUCUAAAUCUACAAACUCGCACUUUUAGACGCAUACAAAUCUAUGAGGUGUUAUCGGUACUUUACAAAAACCAUGAACUGCAAAAACAAAACGAAGAAUUGUCAAAGAAACAAUUUAGGAAAAUUGAAAAAUCCCUAAGUACCCACCUAAAGGCGCUGAGUGAAAACAAUUCUGUUAAACAUUCUCCCAAAGAAUUUCAAACUCUGUUGGAUCUAUUACUCAAUGCUCAAAAAACCCAUCAACGUCUCCAAUUACAAACUGUAUUAACGUCCGAAAGCACAUUGAACUCGGUGCAAACCCUUAGGAAACACAUACGAUUAGAGUCUGCCCAAAUAUAUCAACGUUUUUGCAAUACAUUUAAACUGGAAGUCAUUCGCAAUACAGAUGUACUAAACAAAUCAAAGGCACAACAACACGAUUCCGAAGCCGAAAGUGAGGGUGAUGAAGAAACAAAUGACGAUGAACAAGAAACGAAAUCAGAAUCAACAGCUCAAAAACGGAAAAUGUCGGCAAAAGACUUGCGCAAACAAAAGAAGCAAAAGAAACAACAUCGCUUGGAGGCGGCAUCUCGUGGUCUCAAUGGUGGCAUAGGCUUCUCGCAAAGAAAUGGCGAUAAUGCCAACUCCGAUGAGAAUGACGACAACAGCGAAGAUUCAUCAUAAUUUAUGUAGUAAUUAUAUAUUUUAACUUAUAUAUUAUACAAUUUGAUUUUUUAAAUACAUAUUAAUUAUAUGUAUGUAGAAAUUUCUACCAUAGUUUCCGAUCUUUAAAACUUAUUUGAGUUUUAAACAAAUUUCUAAUCCAAACUGUAAAGUUGGAUGUUAAAGAUAAAUUUUUUUUUAUUCAAAUGUACCAUAAUUAUUACAUAUAAAUUUGUUUUUAUAUAAAUGUCUGAUUUCAAUAAAAGUGGAUGAUAUAAAUAUA